AAAAAAACGGCGGCCACACUGCCAUGCCGGCAGGAAAAUUGACAAUUGAAGGAAAAGCUUAAAAUUCGCAAAGGACAUGGAGCUGGAACUGGACGUGGUGGAUUCCCUGCAGGCGCUGGCCUACAAAGGACCCUGUCUGCAGCAGGAGAACCUCAGUCGCGCCCUGGACGCUGGAGUCGGAAGUCCGGAGCUGCGAGCGGUGAUACAUUGGCUGGCCCACGAACUGCACGUUCUCCGGAAAACCGAUGAGCGUGUGAGUUCCGACCGGAAGGAUAACGAUGAGUUUGCCUUCGAGUUGUCCCUGCUGCUCACGGAGUUGGGCUGCCCAUAUCGCCGCUUGGUACAGGGAGCCAUGGAGCAGCGCUUCCAGGGCCGGGAUUCGUUGGUCCAACUGCUGGAGUACCUCACAUCCGAACUAAUGACCACCAAGAUGGUUCUAAAGUCCCAGCCCGUGGUGGGUCCACCCUGCAAACGCUCAAAAACCGAAUCCAAUGUCCAGCAAAUUGUGGAAAGCCUAAGCAAGGAUCUUCAACUGGGCGAGCUACCGAAGAACAUCAAUUCGAAACUUCUUUUCGAGAAGAUUACACCCCGUUUGGAGCAGUCCCUGAAGCAGACCAAUCGCCAGGUGGUCAGCGAACCCCUGCUAAAGAUGAAGAAGCCCCUGACAGAUGGCCAGUGGCGCGUGCUGGAGUCCCUGCAUCGCGAUCUGGAGGCGGAGUACAAUCUGCGCCGCCAGAUGAUGACCACCCGACUGGAGGCCACCGUCCAGAGCUUCCAGUGGUCGGAGUCCAUGCGCCAGCGCUCCAAUGAGAUCAUGGAUCGCUUCAAUCGCCAGAUGAAGGAACUGGAGCAGCUGAAAGUGGGCGGAGAGCAGACGGACAUGGCAGCCCUGCUGGCCGCUCGCUCGGAUCUGGCCAUCAUUGAGAAGACCAGCUCGGCGAAUGUGAGGAAGAACACGGCCUCGAAGAUCCAGAAGCAUGUGAUUGGACGGGUGCCAGAUCGUGGUGGCCGGGCCAAUGAGCAUGCUCCUCCGCCACCAGAGAUGCCCUCGUGGCAGCAGCAAAGGGCUAGUGGUCCUCCAGGAGGCGGACGAGGUGGUGGAGGUAAUUUCAGGGGAGGAAGAGGAGGCGGAGGCGGAGGUGGUGGUGGAGGAAGAGGAGGAGGAGGUGGCGGCGACGGACGAGGUGGCAACUGGCAGCAGCCUCAACAGCAGCAUUAUCAGAAUCAAUACCAAAACCAAAACCAACGGGAUCGCAGCCGGGAAAGAAAUGAUCAGCAAUGGAUCAGCGGAAGUGGACGUGUCCAAGGAACAGGAUGGAAUCCGCAGGGCGGACGUGGUGGUGGAGGAGGAGGUCGUGGAGGACAACGUGGCGGCUAUCGAUGAUCCCUUUUUGCGAUAUCUAAGCCAUCACAACGGAAAACUAAAACGACUGAUCCUCCUAUAAUCCAUUAACAUUAACUUACCUUAACGGCACGAAUAACCCAGUUUUAUUUAUUGCAAAACCGAUUGAAUGUGUUUAUAAUUGCAAAUGGACAGCCAUUUAAAAAAUAAACUAAUAUAUGUCAUCUAUUUGCCAGCAAA